AUGGGGCGGCGGAAUAAAAAAUCGAUGCCGGAUAGACCCCCUUCUAACGCAGACAUCAGAGAUCUCCUGCGGAGGCCCCAAAUCUCCAAAAGGCCGGAAAUGGCGUCUCAGAUGGAAGGCCUAUAUCACUCGUUUAGCAAGGCCUCCAAGUCUGAGGAAGACGACCAUGGCACUAGAAUUGUGAGCAGACCGAUCCACUCAUCUACGAAACCUAUUCUCACAGAGGAGCAGCUCAAGGACAUGCUGGGAGAGCUGCGCUGCAAUAUAGCAGCUGAUAUUGGAGUGUUCCGCAACGAGAUCAGCACAGUGGUGGCCCACCUGCAAAACGCGGAGCCCAAUACCGCCACACAAGAGACCCUACUGGUGUCGGUGGAGCAACAACUCCUCGCCCUGCAAAAGGCCCAAAGGCAACACCAAGACAGUAUGGCAGCGCUUGAGGACAAAAGACGCUGGAAGAACAUCAAAAUCUGCGGCCUGCCUGAAGCAGUGGAGACCGCAGAGCUACCGCACCUCUUCCGCAGAAUGCUCAACAUGCUCUUCACAACCAAACAGGCCAAAGGGAUGCCACUGGAUAGCUGCUUUCACAUCUCCAGACCACAAACCGACACACCAGAGAAGGGGAAAGAUGUCAUCAGAUUCCAGCAAGGCCGAGAUCGCCAGAUAUUCAUGGCGGCCGUGCACAGUAAGUCUCCUUUCCACUUUGAAGGCCAUUCCCUGACCUUUUACCCUGAUCUGUCCAAGGCCACCAUGGACUGGAGAUGGUCCCUGUGA